AUGAUAAUAAGUUCUUAGGUCAUCUGAUAAAAUUAUGUCGGGCAAUACAGAUGGCAGGAUGGUGUCUAUUUCAAACAUGAAGUUUGAAAUGAUAUAGUGCUACAAUAUAGUAGUAUAGUAUUUCUUGCCAUUUAAAAAAAUUUUCAGCCUCUUCAAAAAUCGAAUAACUAGGCAAGACACCUUGCAUAUGAAAUUGAUAUACUUCUUGAAGAAUUUUAGUCGAAAGGAAAGUGUUAAAAUAUCAUUUUCAUUUUAAAACAAUAAAAUUUCAUGAUCAUAUAAACUUAUUUUAUAUGGUACAAAAUACUGCCUUUAUUAUUUAUCUUUAUUUGAUAUUGAAUAACUGACUCACUGUUAUAUAUAUUUAUUGUAACUAAAUCAUUUUUCUGUCUGAAGUUAGAAAAAUAAUGAAAUUUUCCGAGGUUUAAAUGUUUUCCGAUUGUGUUUUCCUUUUAUCGCCCAACCGACCUUUUUUUCAGUGCAAUCAAUUAAAAUUAACGUUCGGAUUCUCUCUUUUGGUUUACCGUAUAUCUAAUUAUAUUACGAGCAUCCAAUAGUAUUAUUUUGUUGAAAUCUAAGUUCAAUCAUCAAUCUAAAGUCAAAAUGCAUGAACCAACAAUGGGUGGAAAACAGAAAAUGCCCAAAGUGGCCAAGGUGAAGAACAAAGCUCCAGCUCCUGUGCAAAUCACUGCUGAACAACUUCUUCGAGAAGCAAAAGAAAGGGAAUUAGAGAAUGUUGCUCCUCCUCCAAGACAGAAGAUCUCAGAUCCAGAUGAACUUGAUGAAUAUAAACUCAGAAGAAGAAAAGCUUUUGAAGAUAAUUUACGAAAGAACAGAGCCCACAUAUCCACAUGGAUGAAGUACGCUGCAUUCGAGGAUAACAUGAAAGAAAUCCAGAGAGCAAGAUCAGUGCACGAACGAGCUCUGGAUGUUGAAUAUCGAAAUCUUACACUAUGGUACAAAUAUGCAGAAAUGGAAAUGAAAAACAAACAAAUAAAUCAUGCAAGAAACGUUUGGGAUAGAGCAGUCACUAUUCUACCAAGAGCAAAUCAAUUAUGGUACAAAUAUACAUACAUGGAAGAAAUGCUUGGCAAUAUUCCAGCUUGUCGACAGGUUUUUGAGAGAUGGAUGGAAUGGGAACCACAUGAACAGGCUUGGCAAUCCUACAUCAACUUUGAAUUACGAUAUAAGGAAGUUGACAGAGCAAGAACAAUACAUGAAAGAUUUGUAUAUAUUCAUCCUCAAGUCAAGAACUGGAUAAAAUAUGGAAAGUUUGAAGAAAAAUUUGGAUAUAUUACAAAUUCAAGAAAGAUAUUCGAAAGAGCAGUUCGAAUUUUUCGGGGAAGAUUAUAUGGAAGAAAUCUCUUUAUUUCGUUUGCGAAAUUUGAAGAACGACAAAAAGAGUUCGAGAGGGCGAGAGUAAUCUACAAAUAUGCACUUGAUCAUAUUGAUAAAAAGGACGCAGGAGAAUUAUUCAAAGCAUAUACAAUAUUUGAAAAGAAAUUUGGAAAUAGAUCAGGCAUCGAAAAUGUUAUUGUCAGUAAAAGAAAAUUUCAGUAUGAAGAAGAAGUAAAGGAAAAUCCACAUAAUUACGAUGCCUGGUUUGAUUAUCUUCGUCUCUCUGAGGAAGAAGGUGACCCAGAGAAGACUCGUGAAGUUUAUGAACGAGCUAUUUCCAAUAUUCCACCUGUGGCUGAGAAAAGACAUUGGAGAAGAUAUAUUUAUUUAUGGAUAAAUUAUGCACUAUAUGAAGAACUUAUAACCAAGGAUUCCGAAAGAACGCGAGAAGUUUACAAAGCUUGUUUAGAAGUGAUACCACAUAAGAAAUUCACAUUUGCAAAAGUAUGGUUGAUGUUUGCUCAUUUUGAAAUAAGACAAAGGGACUUGAAACAAGCAAGAAAAAUAUUGGGAGUUUCAAUUGGUAAAUGCCCGAAAGAUCGCCUGUUCCGCGGUUACAUUGAACUAGAACUUCAACUUCGAGAAUUUGAUCGUUGUCGAGUUUUAUAUGAAAAAUUUUUGGAACAUGGCCCUGAUAAUUGCACAACAUGGUGCCGGUUUGCGGAACUUGAAACAUUACUUGGGGAUGCGGAUCGUGCGAGAGCUAUAUACGAGAUUGCUGUAAAUCAACCUAGACUUGAUAUGCCUGAGGUUUUAUGGAAAGCUUAUAUUGAUUUUGAAAUGGAACAAGAGGAAAAUGAAAAUGCAAGGAAAUUAUACAGAAGGUUACUAGACAGAACUCAACAUGUGAAAGUUUGGAUGAGUUUUGCUACUUUUGAAUCUUCGAAUGAGACAAAGGAUGGUUUUGAACGAGCAAGACAAGUGUAUAAAGAAGCACACAACACACUCAAAGACACACAUGAAAAAGAAGAAAGAAUGUUAUUGUUGGAAGCUUGGAAGAAAUUUGAACUUGAAAAUGGUGAUGCUGAGACGAUUCGUCAAGUUGACAAACAAAUGCCAAAGAGGAUCAAGAAAAGACGAAAAGUCACAACUGAAUCAGGGGUUGAUGCAGGAUGGGAAGAAUAUUAUGAUUACAUAUUCCCAGAAGAUGAAGCAGCUCAACCUAAUCUUAAACUACUUGCGAUGGCUAAACAAUGGAAGAUGAAACAGGAUGAGAGUGACAAUGAAAGUGAUGGUGACAGUGUAUCAGAAGACAAUGAAAGUGAAGAAGAUUCUGAAGAAGGGACAAGUCAAUCAUUACAAAUAAAACCAGAACCUACAAGCCAAAAAUCUGAGUCAAGUGAUGAUGAAGGAAAAAUAAAAAAGGAACUGGUUUCUGGUGAUGAUCCUGACUCAACCUGAAUCUUAAAAUCGGCUUUAUCUUAAAAUCUCGAUCUUAGUUGAUUCUGAAUCUUAUAACCAAGCAUUGGGAGUAUACUAGGAUAUCGAGAAUUCCAAAACGAGAUGUUCAAUACUGCCUCUUUAGUUGGUUUUAAUCACGGAUUCAUUGAUAUGUCAAUACUGCAAGGGGUGUAAAACUUGUGGACAUUAUGCAUUAGUUUCUUACUUACUAGUGGUUAUCGAAAUUAUACCAUUUUUGAAUUUGGGUCAGAGUAACAUUGAUUUUUCUCUUCCAUAAAUUUGUUUUCUGUUUCCACAGGAGUUUGAAACAGACUUGAUAAAUAACAUUCUCGCAGGA